UUUGCCUCCAUUAGGCCCAAAUCGGUAGGCACGACUGACCGAUGAUUCCCACCAUUGUACGCUUCAACAGGAACUUGGAACUACAUAAGAACAGUAUGGGACCUCAAUAAAAUGGCGUUACCAACGGUAGGAGUGCUCGGCGGUGGCCAGCUAGGUCAGAUGCUCGUGCAGGCUGCCUACCCACUUGGAGUAAAAGUCAACAUCUUGGACGCCGGUCAUUCUCCAGCAAAACAAGUCAGCUACCACUCAGACCACAUUGAUGGCUCUUUCAAGGACCCGGAAGCCAUUAAACGACUGGCCGCAAUCUCCGAUGUGGUGACUGUCGAAAUCGAACAUGUGGACACGCACAUACUGGAACAUAUCGCGGACCAGACCGACGUGCAACCAAGCUGGACGACUAUUCGGAAAAUCCAGGACAAGUAUGCGCAGAAGGAGCAUUUACACGCUCAUGGCGUCGCGACCGCACAAUCUAUUCCGCUUUCGAACCCCUCUGUAGAAGCUGUGGAGCAGGCCAGCAAGACACUUGGAUUACCGCUAAUGCUGAAGUCGCGACGAGAGGCGUACGAUGGCCGUGGCAACUUCCCUGUGCGAACUGUCGAAGACUUUCAACCGGCACUGGAUGCACUAGGCAAGAACAAGGACCUCUAUGCUGAGAAAUGGGCAGACUUCCGUAUGGAGCUUGCAGUAAUGGUUGUGAAAACCAAAAACGAAGUGCUAUCAUUCCCAACCACAGAGACAAUCCACGAGAACAGCAUAUGCAAGCUCACCUACACGCCCGCGCGAGGAGUCUCUGACGCUACUAGCGAGAAAGCCCAGGAUCUAGCACGACGAGCCGUGGCGUGCUUCGAAGGCAAGGGCGUCUUUGGCGUGGAGAUGUUCCUGCUCAAGGACGAGACGCUGCUUAUCAAUGAGAUUGCACCGCGGCCGCAUAACUCGGGCCACUACACCAUCGAAGCAUGUCCGGCUUCACAGUACGAUGCCCAUCUCAACGCGAUUCUAGAUUUGCCUCUCGCUGCCGAAGCCCUCCGACUUUGUGAACCAGCCAUCAUGCUCAACAUCCUGGGCGGCGACUCACCCGAUUCACACCUACAGUUCGCCGCAGAGGCGCGGAAGCACCUCCGUGGCCGAGGCCGCGUGCACCUGUACGGCAAGGGUCAAGCACGCAAAGGCAGGAAGAUGGGCCACGUCACUGUCACCGCUCCAUCGAUGUACGAAGCAGAAACGCUCAUGCAGCCCCUGAUAGACUACGUAGACGAGACCGCCAGCAGAGCGAGGAGUGUCGGACAGUCACCCCAUGCCCACCCUCCCGUAGCAGUAAUAAUGGGCUCUGACUCCGACCUCAACGUCCUCCGCCCGGGCCUCGACAUCCUCAAAACCUUCAACAUCCCCCACGCCGUCCGCAUCCGAUCCGCCCACCGCACGCCAACCUGGAUGGCCGACUUCGCCUCCACGGCAGCAGCAAACGGCGUCCAAGUCAUCAUCGCCGCGGCAGGAGGCGCGGCGCAUUUACCCGGCAUGGCGGCCGCUCACACCACUCUGCCCGUCAUCGGUGUGCCUGUCAAGCCAAGUAUAGGUGACGGGACGGAUAGUUUGUUGAGUAUCUGUAAUAUGCCUAACGGAGUCCCUGUGGCGACGGUGAGUGUGAAUAAGAGCGUUAAUGCUGCGUUGCUUGCUGCGAGGAUUCUGGGGGUGAGGGAUGAGAGGGUGAGGAGGGAGGUGGAGGUGAAGGAUGGGAGGUUACAAGAGAUGGGGCCGGAUGCUUACGCUGAGAAGUAUCUUGCGAAGAAGUAGAUCGCCAUGCUGGAAGAACAGAACAGCUUCGGAGCCAGUAUCUCAGUGAAGCAGGUAGGCUCGUGUAGCAUGUUACUCGGCCG